CCAGGUUCCAAACGCUCCGCGGCGCCAUGGGCUGAAAACUCAACCGAGAUGGAAUCUCCCAGUCUGAACCGGUUUCAACCGGUUCCGAGUUUGAGGCACUAGGAGGAGGGGGAGAAGCGGCUGCAGCGGCCGCGGCAGGAGCAGCGGGAGCUACAGCAUCAGCAAGAGCAACAGUAGCUACAGCCCCGGCGGCGGUGCCUGUUCCAGUCUUUGCUGCUGCAGUCCGUGCAACCACCCAGAGGGGGAGGGGGGAACCACCAGUCGCUGAGGAGCAGGAGAAGGGGGGAAAGUUUAGGCGAGCCUGGGUGGGGGGGCCCAGCGCCGGAGCCGCGUGAGAGAGGGAGCCGUAUUUUGGUAGGGGGGAGUCGGACUGCAACUGGCAGCAGAGCGUCCCCCGACCUUGUGGACUCUAUACCCCCUACUCCUGCCGCUCCUGCUGCCGCCUGUGGCUGGAGGGUCCCCCUGGGGCUGAAUCUUUGGGACUUGACCCCUUUCCCCUCCCCCUUCCCUCACUCCCCAGCCAGGCGCGAGCAUUUAUUCCACGGAUUAAUUCCCCUUCUUUUUUGGGGGGGGGCGGGUGGGUGUGUGUCGUGGGGGGUGUCCCUGAAAUAGUAAAUAUUGUUGAGCUUUUUUUUUUUUGCCCUUAUCCUCUUCGUUUUUUUAAUUUCCUUUUUUAAGGUGGGAAAACUGUGAAACCCACCUUGAUUUCCUCCCCUCUCCCCCCUCCCCACCUUCCCUCGCCCUAAUCCCCCGACAAGGAAAGAAGAAGCAGUUGGUUCAAUCUCUGGUAAUCUAUGCCAGCAAUUAUGACAAUGUUAGCAGACCAUGCAGCUCGUCAGCUGCUCGAUUUCAGCCAAAAACUGGAUAUCAACCUUCUAGACAAUGUGGUGAAUUGCUUAUACCAUGGAGAAGGAGCCCAGCAAAGAAUGGCUCAAGAAGUACUGACACAUUUAAAGGAGCAUCCUGAUGCAUGGACAAGAGUCGACACAAUUUUGGAAUUUUCACAGAAUAUGAACACGAAAUAUUAUGGACUACAAAUUUUGGAAAAUGUGAUAAAAACAAGAUGGAAGAUUCUUCCGAGGAACCAGUGUGAAGGAAUUAAAAAAUACGUUGUUGGCCUCAUUAUCAAGACGUCAUCUGACCCAACUUGUGUAGAGAAGGAAAAGGUGUAUAUUGGAAAAUUAAAUAUGAUUCUUGUUCAGAUACUGAAACAAGAAUGGCCAAAACACUGGCCAACUUUUAUCAGUGACAUUGUUGGAGCAAGUAGGACGAGUGAAAGUCUCUGUCAGAAUAAUAUGGUGAUUCUUAAACUCUUGAGUGAAGAAGUGUUUGAUUUCUCUAGUGGACAAAUAACUCAAGUGAAAGCUAAGCAUUUAAAAGACAGCAUGUGCAAUGAAUUCUCGCAAAUUUUCCAGCUGUGUCAGUUUGUGAUGGAAAAUUCCCAAAAUGCUCCACUUGUACAUGCAACUUUGGAAACAUUGCUCAGAUUUCUUAAUUGGAUUCCACUGGGAUAUAUUUUUGAGACCAAGUUAAUCAGCACAUUAAUUUAUAAGUUCCUGAAUGUUCCAAUGUUUCGAAAUGUCUCUCUGAAGUGCCUCACUGAGAUUGCUGGUGUAAGUGUAAGCCAAUAUGAGGAACAAUUUGUAACAUUAUUUACACUGACAAUGAUGCAGCUAAAACAGAUGCUACCUUUAAAUACCAAUAUUCGACUUGCGUACUCAAAUGGAAAAGAUGAUGAACAGAACUUUAUUCAGAAUCUCAGUUUGUUUCUCUGCACCUUUCUUAAGGAACAUGGUCAACUUAUAGAAAAAAGGUUAAAUCUCAGGGAAACACUCAUGGAGGCCCUUCAUUAUAUGUUGUUGGUAUCAGAAGUGGAGGAAACUGAAAUCUUUAAGAUUUGUCUUGAGUACUGGAAUCAUUUAGCAGCUGAACUCUAUAGAGAGAGCCCAUUCUCUACAUCUGCUUCUCCGUUGCUAUCUGGAAGCCAACAUUUUGAUGUUCCUCCCAGGAGACAGCUGUAUUUGCCCGUGUUAUCCAAGGUCCGUUUAUUAAUGGUUAGUCGUAUGGCUAAACCAGAGGAAGUAUUGGUUGUAGAAAAUGAUCAGGGAGAAGUUGUAAGAGAAUUCAUGAAGGAUACAGAUUCCAUUAAUUUGUAUAAGAAUAUGAGAGAAACAUUAGUUUAUCUCACUCACCUGGAUUAUGUAGAUACAGAAAGAAUAAUGACUGAGAAGCUUCACAAUCAAGUGAAUGGUACAGAGUGGUCAUGGAAAAAUUUGAAUACAUUGUGUUGGGCAAUAGGCUCCAUUAGUGGAGCAAUGCAUGAAGAGGAUGAAAAACGAUUUCUUGUUACUGUUAUAAAGGAUCUAUUAGGAUUAUGUGAACAGAAAAGAGGCAAAGAUAAUAAAGCUAUUAUCGCUUCAAAUAUCAUGUACAUAGUAGGUCAAUAUCCAAGAUUUUUAAGAGCUCACUGGAAAUUUUUGAAGACUGUAGUUAACAAGUUGUUUGAAUUUAUGCAUGAGACCCAUGAUGGAGUCCAAGAUAUGGCUUGUGAUACUUUCAUUAAAAUAGCUCAGAAAUGCCGCAGGCAUUUUGUUCAGGUUCAGGUUGGAGAAGUAAUGCCAUUUAUUGAUGAAAUUUUGAACAAUAUCAACACCAUAAUUUGUGAUCUUCAGCCUCAACAGGUCCAUACAUUUUAUGAAGCUGUGGGGUACAUGAUUGGUGCACAAACAGACCAAACAGUGCAAGAACAUUUAAUAGAAAAAUAUAUGCUACUUCCUAAUCAGGUUUGGGAUAGCAUAAUCCAGCAGGCAACCAAAAAUGUGGAUAUACUUAAAGAUCCUGAAACAGUCAAGCAGCUCGGUAGCAUAUUGAAAACAAAUGUUAGAGCCUGCAAAGCUGUUGGACACCCCUUUGUAAUUCAGCUUGGGAGAAUUUAUUUAGAUAUGCUUAAUGUAUACAAGUGCCUCAGUGAAAAUAUUUCAGCAGCUAUCCAAGCUAAUGGUGAGAUGGUUACAAAGCAACCGUUGAUUAGAAGUAUGCGAACUGUAAAAAGGGAAACUUUAAAGUUAAUAUCUGGUUGGGUGAGCCGGUCCAAUGAUCCACAGAUGGUAGCCGAAAAUUUUGUUCCUCCUCUAUUGGAUGCAGUUCUCAUUGAUUAUCAGAGAAAUGUCCCAGCUGCUAGAGAACCAGAAGUGCUUAGUACUAUGGCUAUUAUUGUCAAUAAGUUAGGAGGACAUAUAACAGCUGAAAUACCUCAAAUAUUUGAUGCUGUUUUUGAAUGCACAUUGAAUAUGAUAAAUAAGGACUUUGAGGAGUAUCCUGAACACAGAACAAACUUCUUCUUACUACUUCAGGCUGUCAAUUCUCAUUGUUUCCCAGCAUUCCUGGCUAUACCACCUGCACAAUUUAAACUUGUUUUGGACUCCAUUAUUUGGGCUUUCAAACACACUAUGAGGAAUGUUGCAGAUACAGGCUUACAGAUACUUUUUACACUCUUACAAAAUGUUGCACAAGAAGAAGCUGCAGCUCAGAGUUUCUAUCAAACGUAUUUUUGUGAUAUUCUUCAGCAUAUCUUUUCUGUUGUGACAGACACCUCACAUACUGCUGGUUUGACAAUGCAUGCAUCAAUACUUGCAUAUAUGUUUAAUUUGGUUGAAGAAGGAAAAAUAAGUACGCCAUUAAAUCCUGGAAAUCCGGUUAACAACCAAAUGUUCAUUCAGGAAUAUGUGGCAAAUCUCCUUAAAUCUGCAUUCCCUCAUCUACAAGAUGCUCAAGUAAAGCUCUUUGUGACAGGGCUUUUCAGCUUAAAUCAGGAUAUUCCUGCUUUCAAGGAACAUCUUAGGGAUUUCCUAGUACAAAUAAAGGAGUUUGCAGGUGAAGAUACAUCUGAUCUGUUUUUGGAAGAAAGAGAAACAGCCCUUCGACAGGCUCAGGAAGAGAAACAUAAACUUCAAAUGUCUGUCCCUGGCAUCCUUAAUCCACAUGAAAUUCCAGAAGAAAUGUGUGAUUAAAAUCCGAAGUGAUGCUGGGUUUUUUGGGGUUUUUUUGUUUUUGUUUUUUGGGGGUUUUUUUUUGUUUUGUUUUUGUUUUUUGGUUUUUGUUUUUUUCCCUCUCUGCAACACUUGUUAGCAGAAGAAAACAACAGCAUCUGGAUAUUUGUCGACCAAAAUGAUGCCAAUUUGUAAAUUAAAAUGUCACCUAGUGGCCCUUUUUCUUAUGUGUUUUUUGUAUAAGAAAUUUUCUGUGAAAUAUCCUUCCAUUGUUUAAGCUUUUGUUUUGGUCAUCUUUAUUUAGUUUGCAUGAAGUUAAAAAUUAAGGCAUUUUUAAAAAUUUUACUUCAUGCCCAUGUUGUGGCUGGGAUGGGGGGAGGAGGUAAAUUCAAUUUGAACAUAUACUUGUAAAUUCUAAUGCAAAAUUACACAAUUUUCCUGUAAACAGUACCAAUUUUUAAUUAGGGAGCAUUUUCUUUCUAGCCUGUAUUUCAGCCUAGAAGAAAAGAUAAUGAGUAAAACAAAUUGCGUUGUUAAAAGGAUUAUAGUGCUGCAUUGUCUGAAGUUAGCACCUCUUGGACUGAAUCGUUUGUCUAGACUACAUGUAUUACAAGUCUGUAUGGCAAGUUUGCAGCAAGAUCAUGUGCAUAUCAUCCCAUUGUAAAGCGACUUCAAAAAAUAUGGGAACACAGUUAGUUAUUUUUACACAGUUCUUUUUGUUUUUGUGUGUGUGUGCUGUCGCUUGUCGACAACAGCUUUUUGUUUUCCUCAAUGAGGAGUGUUGCUCAUUUGUGAGCCUUCAUUAACUCGAAGUGAAAUGGUUAAAAAUAUUUAUCCUGUUAGAAUAGGCUGCAUCUUUUUAACAACUCAUUAAAAAACAAACAAAACAAAACUCUGGCUUUUGAGAUGACUUAUACUAAUUUACAUUGUUUACCAAGCUGUAGUGCUUUAAGAACACUACUUAAAAAGCAAAAUAAACUUGGUUUACAUUUA